AGUUGAUUUUCCUCAGAACCUCCCACAUGCACGUUUUCAUUUCUCGUGCUCCCAUGCCAGUGUUUCUGUGAACGGUCUCUAUGGCGUAAUCUCACCAUCGAGGAACAGCGAGGGUUCCCAGACUCUCCUUUCCUCACUGCCUGCCCCGGCACCUGCCGUCCUCCUGACCAGGGCCCGGCUCGGCGGGGACAGCGAGAGACAAGGGCCAAAUCCGCGCGGCCCCGGCCCGAAGGGGGAAACCCGUGAGAGGGGCGGGAGGUGCCAUCCGGUCGCGCCCCGCCCCGGUGCCAUCGAGCGCGGAUGCGCCGCCGCCAGAGCGGCACCGGAAGCGGCUCCCGGAAGCGGCCGCUCCGUCCCGCGGUGCGAUGGCGGCCGGCGGCCCCUGAGGCGCCGCCAUGUAUGCGGGAGCCGUUGCCGCCGCCGCCACCGCUGCGGGGCCACCGCGCCGGGACUUCAUCUCCGUCAGUCUCGGCCCGGAGGAGACGGUCGGGGCUGGCGGCUACAACAACAGCAAGGCCUGGCGGCGGCGCUCCUGCUGGCGGAAAUGGAAGCAGCUGUCCCGACUCCAGCGGAGUGUCAUUCUCUUCCUGUUUACCUUCUUGGCAGUCUGUGGAGUCAUUUCCUACGCAAGCAUGGGAGAAGCAUGGAAAAAAGCAGCCAAACCCACCUCGUGUUCGUCGUGGUCCUUCCAAUCUUCAGAUCAAGGCACCACAGAGGGACACAAGGCUGAAGACCCGACACAGUACCAUCAGGGCUGUAGAAGAGCCAGUCCAGACUGAUAAAGGAGAGAAAACGGAGAAAUCCAUUAUCAGCUGGAGAGGAGCAGUGAUAGAACCUGACCAAAACACUGAACCUCCAUCCAGUAAAAUAAAGGAACCAGAAAAACCUUCAUUUGUGGAGGCUGAAGACCAGAAGGAACCAGUGCCCAUAAAUGAGCGCCAGCUGGCUGUGAUCGAAGCCUUCCGCCAUGCCUGGAGAGGGUACAAGGAUUUUGCCUGGGGCCAUGAUGAGCUGAAGCCUUUGUCCAAGUCCUACAGUGAGUGGUUUGGACUUGGGCUUACCUUAAUUGAUGCCUUGGAUACCAUGUGGAUUUUAGGCUUAAAAGAAGAAUUUGAAGAAGCAAGAAAAUGGGUAGCAAAUGAUUUAGUAUUUGAUAAAAAUGUGGAUGUGAACCUAUUUGAGAGCACUAUCCGUAUCCUGGGCGGCUUGCUGAGCACCUACCACCUCUCUGGAGAUAGCCUUUUCCUGGAAAAAGCUAAAGACAUUGGGAACAGGCUUAUGCCAGCAUUCAAGACCCCCUCCAAGAUACCGUAUUCUGAUGUCAACAUCGGCCGGGGCACUGCACACCCUCCUCGUUGGACAUCCGAUAGCACUGUGGCAGAGGUGACCAGCAUUCAGCUGGAGUUUAGGGAGCUCUCUCGUCUCACUGGAGAUGAGAAGUUUCGGAAAGCUGUAGAUGAGGUGAUGAAGCAUGUUCACACCCUCUCAGGGAAAAAUGAUGGCCUCGUGCCUAUGUUCAUCAACACCAACAGCGGGCAGUUCACCCACCUGGGGGUCUACACUCUGGGAGCCAGAGCCGACAGCUACUAUGAGUAUCUGCUCAAGCAGUGGAUUCAGGGUGGGAAAAAAGAAAACGAGCUAUUGGAAGACUAUAUGAGAGCCAUAGAAGGGGUGAAAAAGCAUCUUCUUCAGAGAUCAGCCCCCAAGAAGCUUACUUUUGUAGGAGAGCUUGCUCAUGGCCAUUUCAGUGCCAAGAUGGAUCACUUGGUUUGCUUCUUGCCGGGUACUUUGGCACUAGGAGCCCACAAUGGACUGGAUGCUGAUCAUAUGAAGUUGGCUGAAGCCCUUAUAGAAACCUGCUACCAGAUGUACGCUCAAGUAGAGACAGGCCUGAGCCCGGAGAUCGUACAUUUCAACCUCCAUGCGCAGAAGGGCCACAAAGAUGUGGAAAUCAAGCCCGCAGACAGGCACAACUUACUGCGACCAGAAACUGUGGAAAGCCUUUUUUAUAUGUACAGAUUCACUGGUGAUAAGAAAUAUCAAGACUGGGGCUGGGAAAUCUUGCAGAACUUCAAUAAAUACACACGGGUUCCUACAGGUGGUUAUACUUCCAUUAACAACGUCCAGAAUCCCAGUAAUCCAGAGCCACGGGAUAAGAUGGAGAGCUUCUUCCUUGGGGAAACACUCAAAUACAUGUUUCUGCUGUUUUCAGAUGACAUAGACUUAAUCAACCUUGACAAAUACAUCUUUAACACGGAGGCUCAUCCACUCCCUAUCUGGGUGCCAGCAUAGACUCUGCAACACUGGACCUUUCAGUGGUGGCAUUUUUAUCUCCAAGUCACUUUACUUUUCAGGGUUUGAGGAGAGAUGCUAUAUUGCACCUUUUUUGGCUUCAAACAACAAACAAAACCUUGGGGAAAGCAUCUCUGGUUUGAAGAAAUCAUGUCAGUCUUAAAUCUAAUCCCUGGUUCUGGGAUGAACAAACUGUGCCAUAUGAAGCUGGUUUCCCUAGUACUGAUGACAAGGUUCAGAGAGUAAUUGCAGUGUGGACCACGACAUUCAUGGGGCUCUGGUGACCCAGAACUCACUUAUGUCAGUCUUACUAAAUGCUCAUUAUAUAUUGGGAAUGCAGCGAGUCAGCUUAGGGCACAGGGUUGUUCCUGGAGAGCAAGAAUAAGCCUACAGUUUUUUGGUUUAUUCUGGAUUCACUGAAACACUGGAUUACAGAGCCAUUCCUUUGUCAGAAUGUGACAGUGGUUCAGGUGCAAAGUGGAAUAAACAAAAGAGCUGUAGUGCUGUCCCAGGUAGAAGCAAAGCUGUCAGUAUUGCUGCUGAUACUCUGAUCUCAUUCCAAACUCACAAGCUGUGCUGCAUCACCUUAGCAGAAGGAAGCAGCAGCAGAGCAUCCAUUGUAUAGGGUCUUAGUUUUUGUAGAGCACUUUGAACAGUCUGUUCAAGCUGAGGCUGAAAUGAAUGGUGAAAGGGAAUUUGCUGCUGGUUUGGCUCAAAGUGGUAUAUAAUUUUUUAGAGGUAUUGCAGUUUUUUAACUUAUCUGCAGGAAUGCAGGAGAUAAUGUGAAAUACAAGUGAAACUACACGUGCAUUUUAUGUAUUAUUUGCAUCAGUUAGACUCAGGUAUUCUGACUGAAAGCUGCUUUCUGAGGUUGGGUACUGGGAAAGCUUGUGAGCACAUUAAUUAUCAGCCUCCUUCCGUCCCUUCCUGUCCAGAUAUCACGUCAUGAGGUGAGUCUUGUUGACUCAAGCUUACAACUGUACAGCACAUUUUAUGUUAUUCAUAAUUUCUUGGACUGUGGAGAAAUUUUCAGGUUUUUUUUUCCUUAGUAAUGCAUUGGUUAGAAGUAUUUUCGAUAGUAGUGUUAAAAGCAGACAGUCUGAAAGUAUUACAGCAAUUUCAGGUCCCAGUAGAAUUAGAGAAAUCCAUUUCAGUUGCUUGAAGACAAAGCAGACCCAGGUUUUUUAAGAAUCUUAUUGGAGCCCUGGAAUCUUUCAUUUUUAUAUGUGCAAUAGAUUUUAAACCAUGAAUUUGGAAAUGAGCUUUCUUUAGUGCUUGUCCUUUUGGAUUUGUAGCUACUUGGACAGUCCUGUAUUCACAGAUAAGAUCUCAGAAAUGUGCUUGUUCAUAUUUCUGGAAGAGGUUGUUCUCACUGAAAUGCCCUUUCCCCUGUGGCAGUGGGUGUGAUGGGCACAAACAGGUAUGUGGUGGCAGCAGGGAGGUCCAGUCCCCACUAACACCAGGGCCACUGACAGAACUGAUUGAGUCUGACUGGAAUGGCUGAGGGAGGUAUGUGUAUUUUAUAGUAAUUAAAACCUUCGAUUUGUAAAGUAGGAUACGUCUUUGUUUUAUGCUGAUCCAUUUUGUUUGCUGGAGUUACAAGUUACCCUUGGGACCACUAUUUAAGUCUUUUAGAGAAUAUUUAUCAUUCCAUGUACUAAUGAUGGGUUAUGGAAAUUAAGAACUCUUACAAAUUAUUUAAUGCACCUUUUGUAUCAUCAAAGGUAUCCUGGGAGUGGCAGGACAGAACAGGUCAGUGCAGAGUGCUAAUGUUCCUCCCACUCAUUUCCCAGCAGUAACCCCUGCAAUGAGCUUCUCACAUACAUGUGCAGUGGAAUCCAGUCACUGUGGCCUUUGGCUGCACAACUGAUUGGUUGCCAAUACUUUUGUUUUCUUUGACACAACAGCAAAUGAGGAAGGUGCUGUUGAAAUGUGGGAGGUAACACCUUCAGUGUUUUUGUUUGUGGAGCAGGUCUCUGCUGCUAAGCAGCUGAGCUUUCGCUAAAAGCUAAUCUUAAAAUUGGAGAAUAAAGAAAAAAAAGAUAAAUUCAGUGACACUACGCAGGUCCUGGUGACUUGUGUUGCUUUGGCCUUGUGCCUUUGACUGAAGCUAGUACUGAACCCUUAAUUAUAACUGUGCUAUGGAUUGUGAAACUUCUGGGGUUUGGUGUUUCACCCAUACAGCUGCCUGAUUGAGGCAACAGAGACAUUUCUUAGGAAAUGGAAUACACAGAAAUGCUUACCAAAAAUAUUCUGUUCUUGAAGUCUUACAUUAGUCUUAAUGUAAUCGAUUCUACGAAUGGGACUGCGGGAGUCUGCAUUAUAUUAUUUUUGCCUUAUGAUUGGCUUGAGAGUAAUAAUUCAUUUCCUAAUGAGUUAAAGGAAGGGAGAGAAGAAUAAAUCAUCAGUUUCCCAAACAUAUCUUAUCUUUUAGCUGAGCCUGUUGGUCCAUCUGAUUUCUACCUAGUUCUUGUUGGGACAUGGAAUCUCUGCAAAAUGUGGCUUUACUGUCCUCAACCUUUAAACCUGAAGUUCAGAUUGUUCAGUUCUCGCUUCCCUUGAGAACAAAUGCAUGUUUCACACCCCUGUAUCACAUGCGAAAUGGCACAAACUAAAGAAUCUGAACAAAGCUCA